AUGGAGCUAGAGAUCAACCCCAGGAAGAGGAAGGAGGCCCCGGACUCAGCCCUGGGGACAGAGUUGGAUAGAUGUCCGUGGGACGAUGAGGACACGCAACCUCAAACCAAGCUCGCUUCUACCAUUUUAUUUGUUAAAAAUUGUGAAGUAACCCAAAGACAGCUGUGUGAGUUGCUGAAGUAUGCAGUUCUGAGUAAAUCGGCUGUUUCCUAAACCCAGAUGUGGUGCCAGCUUUUACACCCAAACCACCUAGACAACAUGGUGGUUUUUAUUCUGAAGGCAAUGAGUCAGCUACAUUUAUACUGGUUCUAUUUGGAAUUCAGAUUUCUCCGAAAGACAUUCAAACAUAAAUUCGGCUUGCCUCCUCUGACAUCAACUUUUCUAUUUGAUGUCACUGGGCUGCAAAAGAAAAAAUCAGCUAGCGGUUUUCCUGGGACUAUUGAAGGAGCUUUGCUUUCUGCCACUUUAAAAUCCAGCAUCAUUUAUCAGAAUGAUCUCAUCAUUCAAAAGUAUUGCUGUAAGAAAGCUGGCUUUAAAUGCAUUCUGACAAAAGAGGAAAUGAAAACAUUUCAUUUUCCAUUACAAGGUUCUCCUAACUGUGAAAACUUUAUCAUUACUAAGUGUAAUGGUUCCAUAACAGAUAGACGUCCCUUCUUUGGGCUUGACUGUGAAGUGUGCCUUACAUCCAAGGGGAGAGAACUAACACACAUCUCACGAGUUGUUGAAGGAGGCUACUGUAUUAUGGAUGAACUGGUCAAACCUGAUUCCAGGAUUUUGGACUACCUUACUAGUUUUUCAGGAAUCACAAAGAAGAUUAAUCCAUUGACAACGAAACUCACAUAUAUACAGAAUCUGCUAAGAGAACUGUUUCUUCCUGAUGCCGUGUUAGUGGGCCACUCCCUAGAUGUGGAUCUCAGACUAUUGAAGAUGAUACAUCCAUAUCUUAUUGAUUCCUCAUUGCUUUAUAUUGGAAAACAGGGCAGAAGAUUUAAGUUAGGAUUCUUAGCCAAAGUACUUGAGCAAGCCAGGGUGGAAGUUCCCUUGUUUCCCUUCAACAUUGUGCAGUUGUUCUUUGAUUCUUUUUCAUCCAUUUGCACUGAGGAGAUAAAGAAAAUAAUGAAGACCAAGUGGGCAGAGAUGUCAUCUGUGUAUGCUGGACCAUUUAUCAAAAAUUUCAAUGUCAGGACUCUGAAGAAGAUAUUUAACAGCUUAGGCACAGUACAGUCUAUAACUCUUGUUCUUGAAACUUAUUAGCCUUACUUUUUUAUACAGUAUGAAGUCCAGGAAGCUGCUCAGCUGGCUAUAGAGACCAUGAAUGGCACUCUGGUAGAAGGUUCCUAUAUCCGGGUGCACAGGCUUGUGAAAGAACUCACCUUGGAGUGUGACAUGCUUGUGAAUGAGCUAGAGCAAGAUUCUGAGAACCAAGGUACUAUAUAUGUGGCUGGAAUAAGGGAAACUUAAAGAACACCUGUUGGAGCCAACCUCUUUCCCGGCCUGGAAGCUGUGAUCCUGUCUAAAGAUGUUAAAAUAGAAGUAAAAAAAAACUACUGUUUCUUGAGUUGGGAUUUUUCUUGUUUUCAGAGUUUCAGUGCUCAGGUAGCCCUUGAAAUUCUCAAAGGCAAGGAUUGGAAGUUGAAAGGCAGACAUGCCCUAACCCCCAGGCACCUUCAUGCAUGACUUAAGGACAUAUAUCCUGACCCAGCAAUGCCUAUGGGGCUUCGGAUUGUAUCUCCUCUCUUGUCCUUUCAUGUACUCCAGACUCUGAAGGCAAACCACCCGAUACCCUGGCACUGGAGCCAGAGGAUUGAAAAGCUCUACCACAGCCUGAGCCCAAGCACCCUCUGUGUCAUCCUACUGCCAAGAACCCGCAGCACUUUCGGAUCACACCCUGGCCUAGGACUGAUGAAAAUAAAAGAGGAAGAGGAGAGUGACAACCCAAGCAUGGGAGUGAUGGAUGAAGGUUUCCCCGAGCCCCAACUGCAGAACUGAAGAAAUGGACAUGGCCCACAAGCCUCUGAGAAUUCUGCACACUGUGUUCUUCCAGCUGAUGCUCCCACCUUUUGGAAACCAAAGCUGCCAACUUGGCCUCUUGCAAAACACACAUUCCAUUCAUAAGUGCAUUUGUGCAUUGUUCCUCCCACACCCUUCUAGACAGCCAAUGCUGCCUUGGGGAAAAGGCAACCCAAGAGGUUUUUACAGAACUCUCAGUUUGGGUUUGCACUCCUGUGCUUAUAUUGGGGUUGUUCAGAACACUAAGCCACACUUA